AUGGAAAAGAGAGCUGAUUUGGAGGAGAUGUUCACAAGGCCCCCUUUGCCAUUUCCGAUCCGAGCCAUACCAGAUGAGCAUAAUCAACGGUAUAGAAGAUUUAUGGAUCAAGUGAGGACCCUCCAAGUGAACAUUCCAUUUGUUGAAACGAUACUUCAAACACCUAAGUAUGCAACUUUGCUUAAGAGCCUCUUUACUACUCGACAAAAUAUGGAAGAAGUUGCUGAAGUAUUGCUGAAUGAACUGCCAGAAAAGAAGGGUGAUCCGGGAAGCAUAACCGUGCCUUGCAAAUUUGGGAACAGCAUGACUACACGAGCAUUGACCGAUUCGGGGGCAAGUUUUAACGUUAUACCAUAUUCUUUCGCACAAAAGUUGAACCUACCGCUUCCAAAACCUAUUCACAUGAAGAUCCACUUGGCUAACAAGACAAUAAUACAUCCAAUGGGAGUGUGUGAAGACCUUCUUAUUAAGGUUGAUAAGCUGGUAUUUCCGGUUGAGUUCAUAAUUUUGGAUAUAGAGGAGGAUCAUAAAGUACCAAUCAUCCUUGGGCGACCAUUUUUGAAUAGUGCUUUGGUAGAUAUGCGUGAAUCUACACUAACAUAA